UUUCCGAGCAGACAUUGAAGGCACCUGUGGUCGCGGCUCUGCAGCCAGACGCUGUCUCGUUCCAAAAGUUUGCUGCACCUUGCUGGGCUAGCUCUUGUCAUCUUUUUUAACAUGGCUAAAUGGGGCUUCAUCUCCCUUCUUGUAGUGUUGUUAGCAGUGCUGCUGGGAGAGAGGAUAGUCAACAUAAGGAAGAGAGCGCUCGUUUCUCGUGAGCUGGUGAAGAAUCAUCUCCCUAACUGUGUUCCACUGAAGGGUCUAAAUGUUGGCUCAGAAGAUAUUACUGUCUUCGGCGAUGGAUUCGGCUUUGUCAGCAGUGGUUUGAAGUACUCAGGAUUUCCAUUCACAGACUUACCUGGAAAGAUCUUCCUCCUUGAUCUGAAAGGCUCUCCGAUAAAACCGGUCGAGUUGCGCAUGCCUCGAAACUUUGACCCGGAGACGUUCAACCCUCAUGGCAUCAGUGUCCACACAGACACAGCUGAUGGCACCGUAUACCUGUUUGUCGUGAAUCAUCCUUACGGGAAAUCCCAAGUGGAGUUGUUUAAAUUUGUUGAAGAAGAGUUCUCCCUGUUGCAUCUAAAGACCUUCAAGCAUGAACUUCUUCUCAAUGUCAACGACAUUGUGGCAUUGGGAGUGGACCGUUUCUAUGCCACUAAUGAUCACUAUUUCUCACAUACAUUCUUUAAAAUAAUAGAGCCUCUUCUGGCACAACCUUGGACUAAUGUUGUGUAUUACAGUCCAGAGUCUGUCAGAGUGGUCUCUGAGGGAUACUACUUUGCAAAUGGCAUCAACAUCUCACGAGACAAAAGGUAUAUCUAUGUGUCAGAUUCAAUGGACCAAAAUGUGCAUGUGUUGGAGAGGAAAGAAGACAAUGCAUUGGUCUCUGUGAAGUCCGUGGCGGUGGGUUCACUCUGUGACAACAUCGAAGUUGACCCUCACACAGGUGACCUUUGGAUGGGCUGCCACCCCAAUGCAUGGAAAUUUUUGAAGUGUGACCCUGAAGAUCCAGCUGGAUCAGAGGUUAUCCGCAUCCAGGACAUUCACUCCGACGAACCACUGGUGACUCAGGUGUAUGCUGAUGAUGGUCAUGUGAUCAUAGGUUCCUCUGUAGCUACAACCUAUGGAGGCAAACUGCUCAUUGGCUCAGUGUUUCAUAAAGCCUUAUGCUGUGAUUUGGAGUAGGCAGUGAGUGUAAAUUGUAACAGAAUACCAGAUGGCUCACGAAUAAGACGAGUAAAGAAAGUAAAAUAGAUGGUGAUAGGAAUUUAUUGUUUUGAACACUAAUUGUAAGGCCUCUUUUGUUGAGUAAGUCAUAAGCUGGUAACUGGAAAUUGUCUUCUCCACAUUAAAAAUAGGAAACCUUUCUUACCAUUUUUAUAUCCUGCACACAAUAUUUAAGGUAAACACAAAAAUUACGUCAGUCUCGGUCUGCUUUAGAUACGUUUUCCAGCAGCUUUUCAUUGAUGGACAGGUUAUGGAUAGGGUGUUAGUUUAUUUCCAACAUGUAUACAAAUAUAAUAUGAGACAUCACACACAUUGUUUCCAGUUUCUCAUUCUGGCAUGUCCGAAAAGGAGUAGGAGGAAGCAGAGCCUAUUUAAUCCUACCCCUUUUUGUUUCAUAGCAAUUUCAAACACAUUUGCUUGUACUAAAAUCUGCAACACAACAGUUAAAUAAAUGACUAAGUAAAUAAAUAAAUAGACUAAUGCAUAAGUAAAUAGUUAAGUAAUUAGUUUACAUAAAGAGAUGAUCUCAUUUUUUAUUAAGGCUCAAAUGUUUAUCAGGAUUCUUUUUUUUAACUUUGUGAACACUUUGAGUGAACAGUUGCUUAAACUGGAUCGUAUUAGUACAUUGUUCAUUAAUCCAUUCCAUAAUUGUAUUCCACAUACUUAUAUGCUAAAGGUUGUGAGUGUUGUACAUGCAUACAAAUGUUUUAAAUGAGAUUUUUCUCUGAAGUUAUUAUCCUCCUUCUGUUGAGAAGAAUUUUUGUAAAUUCUUGGGUAGCAGGUUAUAUUUACUUUUUGCAUCAUUUUAGCUGUUUGCAAAUGCACCAAAUCAUUGAAUUUCAAUAUGUUUGAUUCAAUAAAUAAAGAGUUUAAAUGUU